AUGCCUCCAGCCAUACAUGCCUCCAGUUCGUCCUUCCAUCUACCACAAGAACCUACCGUACUGAUCCACUCGCCUCUCGUAGCCAAGAGGUUGGGACCCGUUCCCGCCUCAAGUGCUACGAGCAUUUUGGGUCGUUAUGUUUUCCGGAAGAAAUUGCGGGAUACGUUGUAUGGCGAGACGGCAUUGUACCAGGACAAACAGCUCCAGAAACUGGUGGUACUGAAGCGCCUUAGUAUCUCUCUAUUGGAACAAGAAGAUCCGAACUCGGGUGUUGUCAAGGAAAACCCGCUCAAUGAACAAGCUGUGAUGCAGUUACUUGAAGACCCGUUGAUCGCCCACGCUCCAGGUUAUGAACAUGUUGUGGCGUAUGAACGCGAGGGGUUCUUUGCUGUUGAAGACAGUGUCUUUGUGGCCAUGGAGUUCUGCCCUGGAGGUGAUCUCUAUGACUACGUGACUGCUCAGACGAGUCAACGGCUUGAAGAGACUGAAGCGCUGUCGCUUUUUGCUCAAAUUGCCAAAGGACUGAGCUUCCUGCAUGCCAGUGGCGUGGCCCAUCGUGAUUUGUCCCUCGAGAACGUGCUACUUAAUGACGGACAAGUGAAAAUCUGUGACUUUGGCCUGAGUACCGAGGCACAUGAGUGUCCAUCCGAACCGGUGGGUAAAUUCUACUACAUGGCACCGGAAGUGAUGGAAAAGGGUGGUGGAUUAUACGACCCCAAGGCUGCUGACGUCUGGUCCCUUGGAGUCCUACUGUUUAUGCUGCUGACUGGUUCACCGCUGUUUGUCGAGGAGAAGGCUCGUGCUCCGACUUUCCGAAUACUUGAAAAGUACGGCGUCGGUAAGAUCCUCGAACUUUGGGGGUUCCACCAGUACGUGUCCAAGUCCACAAUCAAGUUCCUGACACUUCUAUUACAAGUCGAGCCAUUGCGUCGGGUUCGUGCCGAAGACGUGGCACACCACCCACUUUUGCAACCACUUUUAAUGAGCGACUUUCGACCGACCGGACGCCCCUACUUGAAUACAUGUAGCUAA